CUCUCCUAGCGUACGCGUUCGGAUCGUGCUUGUCGUGUGCAGCGGGUAACAUAACAAAAGAAGACAGUUAAAAACUAGCAGCAGAGUGAGUAGCGUGAGUGGUGGCUGUGGCAGUGUACCUCAUACGCCACCUGGCAGAUGCAGGCAGCAGCAAGCGAUCGGAUCAAUAGCGGUGAAGUGUGAAAUAUCGGAAAGCCGAAUGGAAAACGACGCCGGUGCCUGUCUGUGCUGCUCCUAUCGAGGCCAACGGGAGUUUUAAGUGUGUGUGUGGUGGUCUGUGCACCUGUAUUUGUGCAUUGGUUUGUGUGCAUAAGAGUGUUGCGGUUACGUUGCGCUUUUUCCGGCGUACCCGGCAGGCAGGGAUGUGCAUUCGCCUGAGGCACGGUGAAGGAAAAGUGUGUUGUGAUUGUGAGUUUGGUGGUGAAAAAUACUAAGUGUAAUUGAUAAAUGUUGGCCUCCGGUAAUGGAGGUGUAGUUACCCGUGUGGUGGAAAAACGCCCAAUGAAAAACCACCCAGAAUAAUAGUGCUGAAGAACGUGUGUGGAGAGUGUGUGUUUAUUUUUUUAUUUUUUGUUCAUUGUGUGUAAUUUUUUAUUUUUCGACCCGUUCUUUACGUGUUAGAUUGUUGAAGUGAGAGCGAAAGAAGCAACGAGAAGAAGAAGUUUUUUUUAUUGUUUUGGUAUAAUUUUCUGUAAUCUACUACCGGUGGAAUAUUCUCAACGGUUAAGAACUGUGAAGAGUUGCGAGUGUGUGUGUGUGCGUGUAUAUGUUCGUGGCCCAAAUCUGGUGGAGGCCGAAAUAAUUCUCACCCGAAAAGGAAGCAACAACAUCAAACCGGCAAGAUGUCUGCGGGUUUGAUGUCAUGUGUGCGCGAAAAUUCGCCACCGUUGGAUAAUGCACCGGCGGCACAAGUGCAGGACAUUCCGAUUACGAUCACCACACCGGAAACAGCAGCGGCACCUACCAACACCAGCGACACCACCAAACGGAAACGGUUCCAUCCGUUUCGCAACCUACGCCGGAUCUUUCGCCGCCGAACCGUAUCGUCGGCGGACCGUGCCCCGGGACAGCUCGGUGCCAAAGGGCCAACCCACAUCCACUUUGCCACACCCGGCUGUUCGACGACCGAUGCAACGCUUCCACGGACCGGCUUUGGCGUCCCGAUCACGAUCCGCAACGAGUCGGCAGCCGGCGUCGCACCGCCCGGUUCUUCCCAGGUUGGGGCCGGAGCGUACUUCAAGCGCGAAACCUACCGGCUACGGAACUCCGAUGAUCUAGACAAGGAGAUGUCCGAUUAUCAGCGCAGCCUAAGCGAAGGUCGACUGGUGGAUAGUGACAUAAGCCGCGAUGGACUUUCACAAUCACACGAUAGUGUUUUCUCCGAAUCCGCCGGCACAGCUAGCAGCCUAUCGAUCACGCUAAAGAACGAACUAGCGGACGUGCUGCGUAAGCGAAGGAAAGAUCGGCAGGGAGAAGUUUCUGACGAAGAUCUCGGACUGCCCAUGAGUCCCAUCACACCACAGCGCAAAGAUCGUGGAAUGAACAAAAGCGAAGGAUCGCUCAGUAUACUGAGCAUGACCAGCUCGGACAUGGAUGAUGAUCGCUCCGCAUCGAACGCAAGCGGACACAAUUUGCUACACCUGGACUCAUCCACCUCCGGCUCGAUCAGUAUGAACCGAUCAGACAAUAUGGAUGAAAGUGGUGAUUCAUCGAAAUUGAGCCACUCCGCAGCGAAACACAAACUUGCCGUACGACCAAAGAAAAAGGGCCCAACCCGAGCUCGAACUCGCCCAAGAGAGUCAACCCUGUUGCCAGCGACGCCCGAAGUGAACGAGGAAUCGUUGAAGCUUUCCUCCACCAAUAUCGCUUCCAACUUUUCACCUUCGAAGGAAGCAAACGAGAAGGCCCAUUCGUUGCCGUACGGUAUCAUGCCACCUGGUACAUCGACCCCGCUGUCGUCCCAUCCGAUGCCAAGAUCACCCUCCAAAGAAGUCAGCGCGUCGAAGCUUUCGAUCGGUGACGCACCCGCGAGUUCCUCAAUCUACGUCAACAGGAACAUUUCCAAGAGUCACGAGUUUGAGCGCACGUCCGAGCACCAUCUGACGGUGGAGGGAGCGGGAGCUGUUUCAUCGAGAAAGGAAGACGAUGGGUUCUUCAAGCGUAUCCUCAACUAUAGCUUCAAGAAGAAGAAGCACGAGUCGGGCAAGGAAGAGUCCGCGUCGGUAACGGCUUCCCCACGGAAGGAAGACAACACCAGCAGCGUGUACAUUAGCUCGGCUGAACCGGCCCUUACCGAUUGCAUUCCUACGGAGCAGAUUAUGAAGCUGUCGUUGGUAGUGGGCGAGCCAGAGAUGGGAGAGCUUAGCGGGUACAAGAAGAUCAAGUCUGGUCCAGCAGCACGACAGCGUGUCUUUCCGAAAGAUAUCUUCACGGCGGAAGAGCGCGAAGCGAACGCUAGGGAGCAGCAACAGCACACACAGCGCUACUCUUCAAACGUGGAAGUUAACCGACAGUCUGUCGCAUCGUCCGGUAGUGGUCACUCGCUUACAAUCGUUGAAGGAAAGGUACCACUGCACAAGAGCGAGGAGUAUCUCGUCUCCAAGACACGCAAGUUCUCCGAACGCAGUGUUGAUGGCGGCGAGGGUGAUGAUGAGGAAAGUGAUGGCCGACGAUACGUGAGUCACGGCGAGCGACUCAAAAGCCCGAAGGUGUAUGGGUUGAGUUCGUAUCAGCAGAAGCUGGCGAAAAUAUCAAUCUCAGCGCAACCAGCGACUGAGACGAGCAAGGAAAGUCCAAGCAAACGAGCGAAAUCGGUGGAAAAGUCAAAAAGCUUCCGCACGUACACGGACAGUGUGUCGAACCAGCUGCAGGCAGGUGGUCAUCAGGUGCCGAGUUUACCGAACCUGAGCGCAUCGCUGUCGGUGGGCAACUUCAGCAACAACUUCCUCGAGACCGAGCACAAGUUCUUCAGCAUGACGGAGAACAUGAACACCGGGAAGCAGCGUGUGUUUAAGGACUACAUCACCAAUGCGGACGAUGAUGCAGAUUCGCGGCUACUCUCGUCGAGUGCUUCGCUGCAGAAGUUUGAGAUAAAUGAUAACAAUCUGUUGAACCCGCGCGAAGAGUACGUCGACCAUCAGCCGAAAAGUAUUGUACUGACGACAAACACGCUGACACCGCCCGAACCGACCAGCAUCUUGAACAAAUCAAACCAGAACAUUUCGCAGAUCGAGGAGAACAUUGACAAGCUUGUAUCGUCGCAGUUUGUCAGCAUCAUCAGGAGUUCGGACGAGGGUAGCAGCAAUGAGCGGCUAGAUGAAAUCUCCUCCGCCGGUCAGACGGGUGCGAACGUGCCGGAGUUCAUGAAGAUCCAGCUGAACCGUGUCGAAGGUACUGGACGGCCCGCCAAGACGAGCAGCAUCGUUUUGACGGCCUCUCCUACACCAGCUCCACCAACCUCACCCGCCAUUGCUAGUCCCACUGCCAGUGCAGGGCAGUACCAGCCGCCAGACGAUGCCAUAAAGCUGCAGCGACGGUUCAGCAACGAGAAUAUCGAGAUCACCGAAUCCAAACCACCGCUUCCACCAUCGGUGGUGGCAAGGUCCAGCCUGAUACUGGAGGGAGGCGUCCCCAAGAGUCCACCCGCCUUCCGAAAGCAGGGCAGCAAUGCUGGCAGCGUAGGUGCGGGUGAUCUGGCCGGUACGAAGCGCAACUCGAUGAAUCUCUCACAGGACCUGAGCGACGAUCGGAAGGUGAUCCUGCAGCGCCGUACCUCGGUGACGGAGGAAAAGAUCAAGUACGAGCGGCGGAUAUCGUCCUCCUCGGAAGAUAUAAAGUUCGAGAAGAAAAAGUCCACCUCGGAGGAGUUGCUGGAGAAGCGCGGAAGCACGGGCAGCGGCAAUGGGAACUCCAAUUACAAUAGUGGCUCGAGCAGUGGUGACGAGCUGGUGGUACUGCGCAAGAAGUUCGUCGUGGGUGAGAAAGAGGGCAAGGAUAAGGAUGGAACUCCGGAGCUGAUGAAGGUGUUUGCGAGGAGAUCGUUGAAGCUGCGCUCGGACGAUGAUUACAAGGUGACUGAUAGCGGCAAGCCGCUGUCCAGCAUUGACAGCGACAAGGAAAAUCAAUCGAGCGAGGAAAAGUUGGAUAAGGUAGGACUGCAGCCGGUGAAGCAAUCCCAGCAGCAGCAGCAGCAGCAGCAGCAGCCACUCCAACAACCGGAACUUAUCUCAACAAGCCUCGUGCAGGCGGUAUCGGUGGCUCCUUUACAAGCACCUGCCACGAAUGGAUCACUGAAGAAUGGAUGCUCGGGAAGCGAUGCAGUGCCGCUGAAAAAUGGUUCCAGCGAGAAUGGCCAAUUGCCCGCAGCAGGAGAAGCGAUCCUGCGCAAAAGCGUUACCAGCAAACCGUUUGGGGUACCGAACCGGUUCAGCAAUGCCACCAACGGUGGACAACCGCGCAAUGCGACCUCGUUUGUGGAGGUACGUAAAACGCUUCUUCCAAGUGCGACGGUCACAGUGUCCCCGGUGAACAAUAACUUCGUGAAAUCGACAUCCCCGGCUGGCCAGGACGCGUGUGAGAAUCAGUCCACCGUGAGCAACAACAACACCAUCAACACAAACCGCCAUACGAUCGCGUCGUUAAACCAGCUCAACAGCACGAACGGUGUUGGUGGUGGAGUCGGUGCCAUCAACAACAACGCGUCCAACAAUGCCACCACCAUCAUCGAGACGGACGCCGGGAAUGGUGAGAUAAACGAGUUCAAGGGCAUCCUGCAGCGUCGGGCGGAGUGGGAGAAGCGUGCGAAGGAAGGAUUCAAGUAAGAGGCUUUACCCGAAUCGGUGCGUUUGUGUGUGUGCGUCCUCUCAAUCCCCCCACCGAGGUAUAAUCGAGGAACGGGAAGCCUGGGUUCCACAUCAGAAGCAAACGGGAAGACCACGGGAGUUCAGAAUUGUAUGUGUGUGCGUGUUUAGGACCAAAGCUUCUAGGCCGUAGAUAGAAGCCGCUCAUACGCAGAUCACUUAGCCGCGCGUUUGUAGGAUAGAGAUGUCGGGAGGGUUCGUCCAGCUCGUCCCAGUGAUUACAAAAUUUCGCUUAGUAUUUUCAUCGCUUUUUCGCAUAAAGUAAACGAGAAACAAAACAAAAAAACACCACCACCGUACACAUCGUUAGGACCUGAGUCAUUGUGACACACACACAGACACAAACACGUGUAGUACAUAGGGACGCCUUAUUCCGCCGCGUAUGUUGUUUUGUUUGGACUUUGUUGAAUUUGAGAGAUUCCGCGAGUGAUUAUAGUAGCGUGAGAGUGUGCGUAUUUAGGGACGGGUGAUCACCUGUCGGAUGAUGUGCAGAUGGUUCCAAAUUGUGAUAGCAAACAUGUGUAUGUUAAUUAAAGCGUGCGUACAGCAAACCGGAUGUCAAUCGUGACUGUGUGGAAUUGAGCAGUAGGCUUUGAACGAUCCUGUCAGGCGUCUGCGUGUCAGACUGUUUGUGGAUUUUAUUUACAGAGAUUACUAGACAAGCGUUGCAUAGUACCAUAGUAACGCGGAUCGUUCCGUAGAUCGAUACUCAUACCCAGCUGAUGAUGAUUCUACCAACCUGUUCGAGAGAGCUUAUUCCAGUUGUUUUGUUUGAACGGUCGGUAUCUCUUCGACCCAGAUAUCGAACCCCAGAGAUUUAGUUGUCCUCUAUUUUGUGUAUAUAAAUCGUUGAUCUUCCUGACGAAACAGUAUGUGUGGUAAAAAAACAUGGCUGUAGCUUAUCGUUUCUUGAAAAAAAAAAAAAAAUGCACCAUUCGCUAGGUUUAGAAGCGAGGUUAAGUCAAGCAAUUCUGACACAUUUGUCGCCAAUCGCGCCGGCUAGCAGCGGCCGGCUGACAGAGCGUCCCCACUUUUGUUAGUGGAGUUAGUGGUUAAGCAAGAAUUCACAUAUACACCCUACGCACGUUACUACUAUCCUAGAAGGAUCGCAUAUACACAUAUACUCUCGCUUUUACGACGGCUAAUGCUACAGCAAACCCAAAUACCACUAUUACCACCACUAAAACGGAAACAAGUGUUAGUAGAGCGAUAAGUUAGUAUUUAGUAUGCAGAAGAAAAAACAAACAAACAACAAACCAAGCGGACUCGCGUGCUCAAUGAAACCGAAAUCAAAACUAUUUUGUUUCCAAUUGUGGAAAUAGUUGACGGCGCAGAGAGAGAGAGAGAGAGAGAGAGAGGGAGAGGAAAGAUGGAAGUUAUAGAGCGUAGUGAAAGUCGUUAAUUCUUUCCGCCGAGCGAUAUUUUAUAGGUGUGUAACGCGAAAUAGUAAGGAUCGUAUAUUUCUCCGCUCCGUCUUUGUUACUAUUUUUUUACAUUGUUAAGAUGUCUCGCGUGUAUAUGCGCGCGCGUGUGUAGGGAUGUCCACUUCCGGGGCACACACCGGGAAGCGAAACAUAAAUCAAAUCACAUCAACCCCGUUUUUUCGAUAUCGAUGUAUAUGUUUAGCACUAUGAAGAGAAAUAAAUGCAAUUUCCUGAACGUAAAACAAAUGAAAAAAA